AUGUCUGUUGCGGAGGCCAAGAUUUUUUUUCCAGGUGCGGUGCCGGACAACCUGGUUACUGCUCUGGCGCGGAGGUCUUCCAAAGGACUUGACAGUGACGCGACCCCAAACAAGCGUCGCAAGUUGACUUACGGAAUUCAGAGCCUUAGAGAGCUGAAUGGACUUUCGGAUAGUGGAGUGCCUCUAGGCUAUAUUCCCCUGGCGCGCUUUCAUUUGUACAUGGAUUUUGCCCGCGAAAAUCCGGUCCAGGAUGGAUUGGAUACAUUCAUAGAGAGUUCCUCCCAGUUGCCCGUCCUGAUCCUAAUUGCCAAGCAUCCUCGCGCCAGCCCGACUUCGAAUGACUGGCUCAAACUAGAGCUGGUCACGACGACGAACCGAGAAACCAUCUUUGAAUUUGAGUCAGAUGAUCCACAGCUGCUGAUAUUGGGAAAGGAUCUAGAGCUCGCCCAAAACCUUGUUUGUGCGGAUUGCUUCCCCCGGAAGAUUCCCGUCGCCUGCUAUCAGUCCACUCUAUACAUUAUCCCAGACAGGAAAAGAUCUUUCUACCUUGAGACGAUUAUUUUAUGGAAGGACUCUCUGGAUAUUCUAGGAAACUACCAAUUGUUGGGUGAGACACGAAGAGCAUUUUCCCGAUAUGUCCUCCAUGAACAACACGGUCUUACUUCGGGGCACAGUCACAGUCAGCCUGGAUGGUCCCCCCGUGACUUUUAUGAUAACGUCUACGUUCCUCCAGACACACCCGGAUCAUCAGCAGAGGUUACGUGUAGUUUGAUAGAGUGUCGGUUAUUCCCAUUCCAAAGGAGGGCAGUUAGGUGGCUAUUGCAGAGGGAAGGCGUAGAACUCCAGGCCGAUGGGCAAGUGGUUCCUGUCAAAGAUAGAUCUAAUGGAGGUUUGCCAACUUCAUUUAGACAAUUUACCGAUGCAGAUGGACGAGUCUGCUUUGCAAGCCAACUGUUUAUGAUUGUCUCCACUGACCUCUCGAAAUGGUAUGACGCAGGUAAUCAUCUCAGAGGCGGAAUACUGGCCGAAGAAAUGGGACUUGGCAAAACUGUCGAGAUGAUUAGUUUAAUGUGUCUUAAUCGCCGGCUACUAACAUACGAAGAAACCUUCGUGGACCGUCAGCAUGGUAGCUUGAGACCGUCAGGUGCAACCCUAAUAAUAACCCCGCCUGCAAUUCUUGAACAGUGGGAACAAGAAAUCAGACUGCAUGCUCCUGGCCUCAGUGUUUUUCACUAUACCGGUAUCCAGCGUCACCGGUUGUUGUCAGAUGACGAAUUGGUUGAGUUGCUCGCUGAUCAAGAUGUCGUGCUUACUACUUAUGAUGUCCUCUCGCGAGAAGUCUACUAUUCCGGCGAUGCACCACAGAGAAAUCUGCGCCAUAAAAAGAGAUUUGAACCGAGGAGGACGCCGCUGGUCCGCAUUUCUUGGUGGCGAGCUUGUAUUGAUGAAGCUCAGAUGAUAGAGAGUGGAGUCAGCAACGCGGCAAGGGUUGCCCGUUUAAUUCCUCGUCAGAACGCCUGGGCUGUGACUGGGACACCGCUUCGAAAAGAUAUAACUGACCUUCUUGGCCUUUUGCUGUUCCUCCAUUAUGAACCUUUCUGCGGCGUCACUUGGAACAGGUUAUGUGGCAGCUUUAGGCCCGAGUUGGCAAAUAUUGUUCGUAAAAUUGCUCUUCGGCAUAGUAAGGACCAUGUUCGCAGUGAGCUCCAUAUACCGCCUCAGAAGAGGGUUGUUAUCACAAUCCCUUUUACAGCAGUGGAGGAACAGCGCUAUGGACAGUUAUACGAAGAAAUGUGCGAAGCAUGUGGUCUUGAUCCAUCGGGAGCUCCUUUGGAUGGUGAUUGGGACCCCGAUGACCCGUUGAUAAUAGAAAGAAUGCGAAGCUGGUUAAUAAAACUACGCCGGACUUGCCUCCACCCUGCUGGAAAGCCGCGUCGUGGGUUAGGUACUGGGACUGGGCCUCUGCGCUCUGUGUCUGAAGUGCUUGAAGUCAUGGUUGACCAAACAGACGCACUUAUACACGCAGAGGAGCGCUCUCUGCUUAUGUCUCAAUUACGUCGUGGGCAGUUGCUUGAAAAUGCAAAGCACCGGCAGCAGGCACUUGAACUCUGGACAAAGUCAUUAAAACGGGCUAGUGCAAUUGUCAAGGAAUGUCGGGAUCGGUUGCACUUAGAACGCAUUAAACGCCGGAUGAGUGCCAUUGAUGCAGAUCAAGAUGCAGCAUCUGUUGACACGACAAGUGAAGAUGAGGGUGAAGAGGCAGCUAAGAAUACUCGAGUCGUUGCACGUCAGAGGCUGCGUGCUGCUCUUGAGAUUCAACACAUCUGUGUGUUCUUUACCGGAAAUGCGUAUUAUCAAAUAAAGACAGACCCUAAACUCACUGCGCCUGAUUCAGAGGAAUACAAAUUCCUCGAGGAACGUGAAAUACAGGCGUACGAAACUGCAAAGUUGAUUCGAAAAGAGAUGUUGACCGACAUUUCACGGAAGGCCGGUCAUCUCAUGAAAGUGAUUAGAGAACGGUCGCAAAAGAAUCAAUUUUCGCACAUCCCUAAAAUGAAGCCCCAGAUAUAUAGUAAGGGAAUUGAAUCUCACCGCGUACUUGACAAGCUUGAAGCUUUCUGUGAUGCUAUGAACAAGCAUGCUGUCCAGUACGAUGAAUGGCGUCAGAUCAUGAUCAAAUUGCUUUCCCAGUCGCUCAUUGACCAAGAGGAUGAAGCAGAGUUGGAAGGCGACGAGUAUGAAAAAUCUACGAAGCAUCAAGAUGAGAUGUACGUUUAUAUGGAGGCCUUACGUGCAAUGUUCGCCGAUCGCCACGAUGCUUUGACUGGGCAGAAGAAUGUCCUCAUUGCCCAUGAAAUCAAGAGCGGGAUUGUCCAGGCACAGAGAGGAGAAGGGCCUUCCCCGAAUCUCUUUCUACAGAUGGUAAACACUCGUAGUAGUGUCAAGCCUGACUGUCAGCUAGGCUCGCUUCGCGGCAUUAUUAGCGAGCUUCGAAGUCUUGCCACUUCUCUUGAGUGGCAGGCGAACGGAGGAAGCCCUCGAGCCCGUGCCGAACUCGAAAUUGUAUCCUUAGUUCUUCAAAAUGCGAGUCAGAUGGCUUCUGAGCAAGGUAAAGUUGCGGCAAACAUGGAGAGGGAAGUGGAAAUGUUUCGAGAUACUAUGAACAAUCGACUCGAAUACUAUCGCCAGCUGCAACAAAUCUCCGACACUGUGGCACCUUAUGAUGAAGAAAGCGCUGGUAAAUCCCUGGAUGAGAUGCUUUUCUCUUCCAAGCUCGAGCAAGAGGAAGCAAUAGAUGAGAAGAUCUCAGCAUUGAGAGCAAAGCGCCGUUACCUUAUUCACCUACGCGACGAGUCUGGCUCUGACGACUCGUCAAAAAUAUGUGUCAUCUGCCAAUCUAGCUUCGAAGUUGGUGUUCUGACUGUUUGUGGCCACAAGUAUUGCAAGGAUUGCUUGCGCAUGUGGUGGCAUCAACACAGAACUUGUCCAACGUGCAAAAAGCGCCUGAAAGCCAAUGACUUCUAUCAAAUUACAUACAAGCCGCAGGAGUUUGUUGUGCAGGAGGAGAAGCCGCAAACUAGGAUUGAGCCCGAACGUCCCCCCAAAAACUCAUUAUAUACUGAUAUCGGCUCCGGCACUCUCAGAGAAAUUAAAAACAUUGAUCUGGAUGGUUCAUUCAGCACUAAGAUUGAUACACUAGCACGUCAUGUACUAUGGCUGCGCCACCAUGACCCUGGUGCUAAAUCGGUGAUCUUUUCGCAAUAUAAGGACUUCUUAGAGGUUCUAGCCAUUGCAUUCUAUCGAUUUAAGAUUGGCUUUAGCAGUGUUGAUGGCAAAGAUGGUAUAUCAAAGUUCAAGCGCGACCCAUCGGUUGAAUGUUUUCUCCUGCACGCAAAGGCGCAUUCGUCAGGACUCAAUCUGGUGAACGCAACCCACGUUUUCCUUUGCGAGCCUCUCAUCAACACUGCAAUCGAGCUUCAGGCAAUCGCUCGUGUACACCGAAUUGGUCAGCAUCGACCAACCACCGUUUGGAUGUAUCUAGUCUCUGGUACCGUCGAGGAAUCGAUUUACGACCUUUCCGUAUCACGUCGCCUAGCCCAUAUUAUACAGAAGGAGAAAGCAGAACAGCCAUUUAAAGAUGGGAAAAACGCGGUAAUGAACCUUACCGAAUCGGCAAUAGACUCGGCGAACUCCUUGGAAAUUCAAGAUGCAGCACUGUCUAGGUUAAUGGUUGGGGGAGCAUCCGGAGGUGAACUUGUCAAAAAGGAUGAUUUGUGGCAGUGCCUUUUUGGCAAUUCAGGAAAGGAAGCCAACGGUUUCCGGGCAGGUGCCGGUGGAGAAGUAGCAAGGUUCUUAAGAGAGGAUGCAGCAGAACAGCGAAGAGCUGCAUAA